AUGUCGUCAAUUUCCCGAGCCGACGCCACCUCCGAAAACGAGCGAACCGGAGCAGACAAUCGAGCCGAAAAGUCGCCCAGCAUUCAGGAACAAGCGCCUCUGCAGAAGCCUAUUCCGAAUGGCGGCUUGGAAGCAUGGACCGCCGUCGCAGCCGUGUUUGGUGUCUUUGUAAACUCUUGGGGCUUGAUCAGUACAUAUGGAGCUUUUCAAGAGUUCUACCAGACUGUACUACUACCCGAUGAGUCUCCUUCCGCCAUCUCAUGGGUCGGCAGUAUUCAGGCCACGCUGGUUGUCAUGGUGGGCAUCAUCACGGGACCGUUGGUUGACUUGGGACAUCUUCGACCCUUGAUCAUCUCUGGCAACUUUCUCGUCGUUUUCGGCAUGAUGAUGACGAGCCUGGCUACAGAAUACUAUCAAGUUCUUCUGGCUCAAGGGUUUUGUGUCGGCAUCGGUGGCGGUAUCGCGUACAUUCCUGCGCUCGUGGUGAUUUCUACUUAUUUUACGACCAAGCGGCCCAUCGCCAUCGGCUGCGCAUCGAUCGGGUCGAGUGUUGGAAGUGUUGUCUUUCCGAUCAUGUUUCGCCAACUCCAGCCAAGGAUCGGAUUUCCAUGGACCGUUCGCUGCAUCGGAUUUAUCAACCUCUUCCUUGCAAUCUUUACAUGUGUCGUUUUGUGUCGCCGACCGGGUGAGAAAGUCGGCGCGCGGAGCCUGAUCGAAAAGAAAGCAUUCAAGGACCUCCCAUUCAUGCUCUUUUCUGUUUCCUUGACCUGCGUAAUGCUUGCCUACUGGAUUCCGCUGUUCUACGUCGCCUCCUACGCGCGUACGGUUUUGGAGACGACCCGGAGUCUCUCCUUUUAUAUGGUUGCCAUAAUCAACGGCGCAUCAGCGUUCGGGCGAACAGUUCCGUAUCUGCUUGGAUCACGAGUGAAGCCUAUCGGCAUUCUCAUAUGCUCUGUGGCAGGAUCCGCCCUCGCAAUGUUCACCUGGAUUCCCGCCACGAACACACCUGGGUUCAUAGUAUGGUCUUGCUACUGGGGGUUCCUGACCGGAGUGCUGGUAACAGGGCCGACGUCAAUCAUCUCGCACCCGGCGCUGUGUCCAGAUAUGAAGAUGCUUGGAACGCGGAUGGGUAUGAUGUGGGGAAUCAGUUCGUUUGGAUCGCUCGCCGGGACACCUAUUGCCGGGGCGCUGGUGGACUUGUCGGACGCGCAGUUCUUGCGUGCGCAGAUUUUCGCUGGGUGUUUGAUGCUUGGCGCUGUUGUUCUCCAGAUCUGGCCGACUCUUGUGGUCAUUCGCUAUGAUCGGAAGCAUCGGAGUUCCUCAUAG